AUGCAAGCGUCAUCUGAGGCUUCAAAUGCAACGUACCCAAAAAUUCCAUCAGCUUCAGUUCCUCAAGAAUGUGCCAGUCAAGUAGAACUUCGUAUCCAUUGUAAGAAUUUAAUCAACAAGGAUACCACUUCAAAGUCUGACCCUUGUGCAGUUUUGUAUAUUUAUGAACAGGACAGGUGGAAUGAGUUGGCUCGUACAGAAAACAUCAAGAACUGUCUUGACCCCCAAUUUGCCACGCCUCUCUCCGUCAAGUAUUAUUUUGAGGUCGUCCAGAAAAUCAAGAUCGCUGUCUAUGAUGUAGAUAAUAAAACGGAGACCCUGUCUGAUGAUGAUUUUCUUGGUCAGUUUGAAUGUACACUUGGACAGUUGGUUUCCAACAGUCCAUUAACUAAGAAGCUGCUUAACAAGAAAGGGAAGGAAUUUGAGAAAAGCCUAAUAACGGUGACAGCAGAGGAGCUUUCUAACAAGAAUGAAUUGGUUCAGUUGUCUAUUUGUGCAAAGAAGUUGGAUAAUAAGGAUUUUUUGGGUAAAUCUGAUCCUUUUUUGGAGUUUUCCAAGAAAAAUACUGAUGGAUCCUCACAAGUUGUACACCGAACAGAGGUGAUCAAGAACAAUUUGAAUCCCACAUGGCAUCCUUUCUCCUUGACAACACAGGCCCUAUGUAAUAAUGACAAGUCCAAACCAAUUCAGAUUGACUGUUAUGAUUGGGACAGUGACGGGUCACAUGAUUUGAUUGGUAGCUGUACAAUGACACUGGCUGAGAUGAUGGAAGCCGGCUCUGGAAGUGAGGUAGAGAAACCUUGUGUCAAUCCUAAGAAGAAAAAAGCCAAUUCUGGUCACAUUAUUGUCCAGACUUGUAAGGUUACAGUAAUUCCAUCUUUUUUGAACUAUGUCAUGGGAGGAAUGCAAAUAAACUUUACAGUUGGCAUUGACUUUACUGGUUCAAAUGGUGAUCCUGCUGAUCCACAGUCUCUUCAUUACAUCAGCCCAGAUGCACCAAACCAAUAUAUGCAAGCCAUCCAAGCAGUUGGUAGUGUUUGCCAGGAUUAUGAUACAGACAAAUUUUUCCCAGCUUUAGGUUUUGGUGCUAAAAUCCCACCACACAUGGAACUGUCCCAUGAAUUUGCUGUGAAUUUUAAUUUCCAGAAUCCAUUCUGUGCAGUUGAAAAGAAUCUAACUUUUCUCUCUCACUUGAAAGUCAUCACAUGCUCUCUCGAUGGUCUUCUCAAACGCUCUCUCUCUCUCUCUCGAUGGUCUUCUCAAACGCUCUCUCUCUCGAUGGUCUUCUCAAACGCUCUCUCUCUCUCUCUCGAUGGUCUUCUCAAACUCUCUCUCUCUCUCGAUGGUCUUCUCAACUUCGCUCUCUCUCUCUCUGGUCUUCUGGUCUUCUCAAACUCUCUCUCUCUCUCUCUCGAUGGUCUUCUCAAACUCUCUCUCUCUCUCGAUGGUCUUCUCAAACGCUCUCUCUCUCUCUCUCUCGAUGGUCUUCAAACGCUCUCUCUCUCUCUCGAUGGUCUUCUCAAACGCUCUCUCUCUCUCUCUCUUGAUGGUCUUCUCGCUCUCUCUCUCUCUCUCUCUUGA